AUGCCGCUUCGCAACCAGAAUCGCCCUCCACGCAGCCCAAACGCCAAGAAGGAAUCUGGCUCCGGUAUUCCUUUUGACAAGCGAAGGAAAAUGGAAACGCAAGGCACUGGAAGAAGACAAGUGCUUUCGACAGUGAACAAACUAGAUGUUACGUCGAACAGCGAUGUCGGCAGCACAGAGGAGUGUGGUAAAGUUGAAUUCACGAAAGAUGAAGUGGUGGCUUUGCUUAGCGAGAGAGCAAAAGCUGGAAAGUUUGAUACCAAGGGUAAGAUUGAACAAAUGACUGAUAUCAUCAGGAGGCUUAAGGUUUGUGUUAGAUGGUUCCAACAAGUCGACGAAACCCAUGUCCAGGAGAAGGAAAAUCUUCGCUCUUCUCUGGAAUCUGCAGAGAAAAGAUACAGUGAUAAAGAGUUGGGUGCAAAGACCAAAGAGGAAGAGCUACAAGCAAUUAUAGCAGAGAUGAAGGAGAAGAUAGCUUCACUACAGGAGAAGUUCUCAAAGGAGGAGUUGAGUAAGUUGGAUGCAAUUGAAAAUCACAGAAGAGAAAGCCAAUGUAGAGUUGCAGCUGAAAAGCUUCAGGAUUCUCUCCGAGAAAAGCUUGAGAAAGCGAAUGAAGAGAUCAUGGCUUCCAACCAGAAGGAGAUGUCCCUUAAAGAUAUUAACACAAGGCUUCAAGAAUACAACACAAGUUUGCAACAAUACAACACCAAACUCCAGACUGAUCUUGAAGCAGUUCGAGAGGCAUACACUCGUGCUGAAAAAGAAAAGUCAAGUAUACUGGAGAACCUGACUACACUAAGGGGUCACAGUAAAUCACUACAAGAACAACUAGCAUUGAGCCGAGUUUCACAAGAUGAAGCAGUAAAAGAAAAGGAGUCAUUGCUUAUGGAAAUCAAGAACUUGCGGAGUGAACUCCAACAAGUUCGAGAUGAUCGUGACCGUCAGACUAUCCAGUCAAAAAAUCUGGCUGAUGAGAUACUGAAGUAUAAGGAGAGUGUUGGAAAGUCAUCUCACGAAUUGGACAUUUUGAUAGCAAAAUCAGGGUCGUUGGAGGAAACGUGUUCCUUGCAAAAGGAGCGUAUAAAAAUGUUGGAGCAGGAAUUAGCUUUUGCUAAAGAAAAGCUAAAGAUGGUAGAUGCAUCUAUGUCACAUACUAUGACAGAAUUUGAGGAGCAAAAACAACGUAUGCAAGAACUGCAAGACCGCCUUGCAGACACCGAGCAUCAACUUUUUGAAGGAGAGGUGUUACGGAAGAAGCUUCAUAACACCAUUCUUGAACUAAAAGGUAACAUACGCGUGUUCUGCCGAGUGCGCCCAUUGCUACCAGAUGAUGGAGGACGCCAAGAAUCCAGCGUUAUUGCCUAUCCUACCUCAACUGAAUCUCUUGGGAGAGGCAUUGAUGUGGUCCAAAGUGGUAACAAACAUCCUUUCACCUUUGACAAGGUGUUCGACCACGGAGCUUCUCAGGAGGAAGUAUUCUAUGAAAUAUCUCAACUUGUACAGAGCGCAUUGGAUGGCUAUAAGGUUUGUAUUUUUGCAUACGGUCAGACAGGUUCUGGCAAAACCUAUACCAUGAUGGGCAGGCCUGAAGCUCCAGAACAGAAAGGACUGAUUCCUCGAUCACUUGAACAAAUAUUUAAAACCAGUCAGUCACUUAGUGCACAAGGCUGGAAAUACAAGAUGCAGGUCUCAAUGUUAGAGAUCUACAACGAGUCCAUCAGGGACUUGCUUACUACAAACCGGACAAUUGCUAUAGAGUCUGUACGAGCAGACAGUAGCACCUCUGGAAGACAGUAUACAAUCACACAUGAUGCGAAUGGACACACUCAUGUCACUGACCUGACGAUUGUAGAUGUUUGCAGCAUUGGACAAAUUUCCUCUCUCUUGCAGCAGGCUGCUCAGAGCAGGUCGGUUGGUAAGACUCAUAUGAAUGAGCAAUCAUCAAGGAGCCAUUUCGUGUUUACUCUUCGGAUUUCUGGUUUUAAUCAGAGCACUGAACAGCAGGUACAAGGUGUUCUUAACCUUAUUGACCUUGCUGGAAGUGAGCGACUCUCAAGAAGCGGGGCAACAGGAGAGCGGUUAAAGGAGACACAGGCGAUUAACAAAAGCUUGUCUGCUUUGAGUGAUGUGAUAUUUGCAUUGGCAAAGAAAGAUAAAGAUCAUGUUCCUUUCAGAAACUCGAAGUUAACAUAUCUGCUCCAGCCUUGUUUAGGAGGGGACUCAAAGACCUUAAUGUUUGUGAACAUUUCACCUGAUCCAUCGUCGACUGGAGAAUCCCUGUGCUCUCUUCGCUUUGCUGCUAGAGUUAAUGCCUGUGAGAUUGGAAUACCUCGAAGACAAACUUCCACAAAACUCCUCGAUUCUCGCCUUAGCUACGGUUGAAGUCUGGUGGUAUUAGUUUAUCUCUCAUUUGUAUAACACCAGCAAUUGUUUGAGAGGUUUGUGAUUUCUGAUUGUGGUUUUGACAUAGUUUUAUUUUCUAUAUCAAGCUCUCUUUAGUUCAUAUGAAUAUUUGUUUCGUGAUCUUUUGCUUUCCAUUUGGUUGUGGAGCCAAAUUUGCUAUCUAAGCAAUGUUGUAUGAGGAAUUGACCUACAGUUCUUUUUCAGAGCUUCAUCAGUUAUGUGACUAAAAUCCAGAAGCUACAUAUUCUUUAUAGGUCUUAACUAUAACA